UCUGGAAUUUGAAAUUCCCGCACACACGGAGAGCAAAGCGCAGUAGAGAAACCAAGAACAAGAAGAUGGACCGGUUUAUUUUGGAGGCAUUGGAGGGUGAUUUCUUAUGGUAUGAAAAUCCUCCAGUACUGAAUCCAAGCGCCUUUGUGCCUUACACUGAAGCUCCUGAGUCAGGCGAGCCUACUAAUUCCGGGUCUAAUUCCAUGAACAUGAACAAGAGGAUGUUGCGGUUCUUGAGGAAGAAUUAUCCACCUUCGACGGCUAGGAUCGAAAUAGGAGAGGAGGAGCACGGCAAGGAAAAGGGUUUUCGCCACAUGAUCAAUGAGCGAAUGAGGAGGGAGAAGCAGAAGCAGAGCUAUUUUGCCUUGCAUUCUUUGCUGCCUAAUGGAACCAAGAGUGAUAAGAAUUGGAUUGUGCAAAUGGCGACCACGAACAUUCAGCAGCUGGAGAGGCAAAAUGAGGAGCUGAGAAAGCGGAACAUGGAGCUCGAAUCGAUUUUGGGCAAGGAGAGAUCAGUGAAGUGGAGAAGGAUUAGAUUGAGGGUAGCCAAUCCUACUUCAGGAAUUGAUUCUAUGCUGGAGGUUCUUAAGUGCUUGAAAAGUUUGGGAUUAAAGACCAGAAAUAUUCAAUCAUUUUUCUCUCCGUAUGAGUUUUCUGCAGAAGUGGAAAUUGAAUCUCAGAUCGGAGCCACAGUGGUAGAAGCCGCGAUGCAAGAAACACUAUAUGAAGUUGAGAGGAAACUUCUUUCUUCAGUUCCAGGAAGGUAAAGGAGAAGAGGGCUAUGUGCUAGACAGCUUCUUUGGCACCACGUUGAAAAAUGUAUAAAUAUUAUAAAGGUCGAACGAGCAUAUCUGUCCUUUGGAAAAUAAAUGGGUCAAAUUGUUUCUCCUAGGUUGACGAUUUUCAACUAUAUUAAUGCCACGAAUUUGACUUGACUAGUA